GCGCGUUUCGUUGCCUUAUGUAAUAAUUGUAACCGACAUCAGACAUCAUCAGCUUGAGCGCGUCGCUGAAAGGUAUCGCCGAUCGCGAACGGAUAAUUUGGUCACCUACAGAUACCGAAAACGAAGUCUACUGUUUCUUUCGCUCACGCAUUCCCAUCUAUUUUUGCCAUGGCGAGCGUUGAUGAUAUUUUCAAGAGCUCAGGCAUUUCGGGGAAGCGCAAGCUUGAUCCCAUUCGAGAUCCAAAUGAAAUCUACAAAUCAGCAAAGAUAAACGCCAACGGCUCGAAUCGCCAUGCCCAAGUCAACGAUGCGCCAGACGAAGACGAAGACAUGGAAGCUGGCCCAGCGCCUCCCCCCGCCGAUGACGAAGAUUUCGGUCCCGAACUACCUCCUGACGAUGACGAAGGUCGCUUCUUCGGCGGUGGCAUUACAAAACAAGAAUCAGAGAUCCUUGAUUAUGUAGAGGAAGCCGACGCUGGCCGAGCGCCUGAAAAGAUCGAUGCAGCAUGGUUGCGAAAAACGCUGACGAACUUGGAGAGGCACAUCAACAAGAAUGCCGAGCUUCGCGCCAAGUUCGAAAACCAACCACAGAAGUUCAUUGGCAGUGAGGCUGAUCUAGAUGCCGACAUCAAGGGGCUGUCGCUGCUCUCUGAACAUCCUGAAUUGUACCCAGAGUUCGUCAGGCUAGAAUGCGUAGCCAGUGUUAUCGGUCUGCUGGCGCACGAGAACACCGAUAUUGCCAUCGAUGCGAUCGAGAUUAUGGGCGAGUUGACGGACGAAGAUGUCGCGGCGGAGGAUGAGCAGUGGAACGUGCUGGUAGAUGCCAUGAUGGAGGCAGAUCUCCUCAGUUUACUGGUUUCCAACUUCUCCCGUCUGAACGAAGACGAUGAGUCAGAUCGUAACGGUAUCUACCAUGCUCUAGGACUCAUUGAGAACUUGUGCUCCCGACAAUCAGUCGCUGAGCGCGUAGGAGAGGAUGAGAAACUACUGCAAUGGCUCCUCCAGCGCAUCCAACGAAAGGAAGAUACCGUCUCCCAGAACAAGCAAUACGCUGCAGAAAUCUUGGCCAUUCUCGCCCAAAUGGCCGUCGCCAACCGCACAAAACUCAUAAACCUCGAUGCGGUCGACUUGCUUCUCCAGCUCAUCGCCCCCUACCGACGACGCGAUCCCGACAAGGGCGGCGAUGAAGAAGAGUACAUGGAGAACGUAUUCGCAUCCCUCACAUGCCUAGCAGAUGAAGCUGCUGGAAAGGCAAAAUUCAUCGACGCAGAGGGUGUAGAACUCUGUCUUAUUAUGCUGAAGGAGGGGAAGAAGAGCAAACCACCGGCUCUUCGUCUUCUCAACCACGCUGCUGGUGGUAAUGCUGGUGUGGAUGUCUGUCAAAAGAUUGUUGAGGCUGGCGGUCUCAAGGGUCUCUUCACACUCUUCAUGAAGACUCAAGAUCAUCGAUUGGCAGAACAUCUUGUUGAGAUCUUCGCUUCAAUGCUGCGUCUUCUACCAGCUAAUUCCGCGGAGAGGAUACGAACACUAGCCAAGUUUGUGGAAAAGGACUACGAGAAGAUUUCUAAACUCAUCAAAUUCCGACGAGACUACGUCGCUCGUGUCUCAUUGGCAGAGCAGCAAAACGACGCUGAAAAAGCCACUACUUCAGAAGAUGAUCGGGAAGCAGCAGAGCUAGAAUGGCUAUCCCGGAGAAUCGACGCCGGUCUCUUCACACUCCAGACCAUUGAUACAGUUCUCGCUUGGUUAGUGGCAGAAGACACAGGAGCAGCACGCAAGAUCAGACAAAUCCUCGCCGAGCGCGAUGAAAAGAUAUCUGUAAUCGGUCGUACACUAAAGGAACAGCUGGACGGUCUAGACACCACGGAGGAGAACCAGGAUCUGAGGGACAUGUUGAGCACUCUAGUCGAGUUUGUCCAGUAAAAUAACUUAAUAAUUCAAAAUGUGCAUUUCCUUUAGAAGGGAAAACGCUGCAGGGCGGACCACGCAAUUUGGUCUUUGUAACACAAAUCCUCCUCGUCUAUUUGCAUCUCCUCUCGUGUGUCAAGCUGAAACGCUCAUAAUUAUAAACAUUGGUGGGUGCUCCGUCGUUCAGGACUUGGUGGGGGGAACGGGGUUGACGUCGAAGACGGCGCUGAGGAGGUUCUUGAUGACCUGAGCUUGUCCCUUCUUGCCAGCCUCCUGGAUGCUCUUGAUUUGCUUCUCGGCUUCCUGGUUGGCCUCGGCCUCGGCUUGCUCGUUGCCCUUGCUGUGCUAUACGACCAUCAGUAUUCUUCCAUCGUUGGGGCGGACGGUGUCUCGUUCAGAUAGACGGUAUGCCGUUUAGAUGGAAGUAUCGUACCUCGGCC